CUCCCUUCACUUCCGGCAACCGCCUCUCCGCUGCCGGCCUCCUGUCUCGACAUCCCCUUUCUCCCCAUUGCAGUUAUGGCCGCUGCGACGCCCCUUUCCCCCGAGGAUCUGCUGUUGCCCAAGACUGGCACGGGCAAGGCCGAAGAACUGGAAGAGGAGAUAGAGGACGACGACGACGAGCUAGAUGAGACACUGGCAGAGAGGCUUUGGGGUUUAACAGAGAUGUUCCCAGAAAGCAUCCGAUCUGCAGCUGGAGCUACCUUCGACGUGUCCCUUUCUGUAGCCCAGAAAAUGUACAGAUUCUCUAGGGCAGCUUUAUGGAUUGGAACUACUUCCUUCAUGAUCCUAGUUCUUCCUGUUGUUUUUGAAACUGAGAAACUGCAGAUGGAGCAGCAACAGCAGAUGCAACAACGGCAGAUUUUAUUGGGACCAAACACAGGGUUGUCUGGAGGGAUGCCAACUUUGCCUUCUCUUCCUGGAAAGAUUUAAUGAAGCUACACUGGAGCCCUAUCAUGGAAGGAAAUCUUGAAAUCAUUUGUUUGAACUGUUUGAUUGGGCUAGCAUUUUUUCUCUUAAACCCUGGGAUGCUAAUUAUUCUUAAUGAAAGUUUAACCUCUCUCUGGAUUUCCUGCAAGGGGCUCUUUUCCUUCAUCUUUAGGCAGUCAUGACUUUUCCAUCUAUUUAAGUCAACAUUGUAAGCAUCUACAAAGACUUUGGAAGCUUUGGGUAUCCUUAUCUUCAGGAAACCACCUCAGGACAUGUCAGAUGCUGGUCAACAUUAACCUGUAAUAGUCAGUGUAAAUAGUCCUGUGUUCCUCUCCUACUAUAUUUCAAAGCAGUAACAGCAAGAAAUUGAGUAAAUAUGGCAGCAGGUGCAGCAUACAGAAGAACCUAGUAUACACUAGACUCCAUGGAGUGAGCUUCUUGAAGAAAGAUACGUGCUGUACAACAUUGCAUUAGAAAAAUAAGCAGGAAAAGUCAUUUUUGCCAAGUCUAUCUGUGCUGAAUCUAUUAGUAUCAAAGUUAGCUACAGUACUUUUGUAUUAAAUAGUUUCAGUGCAAA